ACGCCGACGAGAGUGCCGCAGAGCCCAAGGCCAAGCCAGCAUCAAGGAAGCGGACGACCAAGAAGGUCCAGGAAGAGGAGGGUGACGCCGAGAUGGCAGAGGCUGAGCCCGCGGAGGAGAACGGUCGCAAACGCAAGGCGUCCAGAAGGUCGCCACGAAGGCCGCUGCGCCGUCUAAGAAGCCGCGCUCAUCCGCUCGCUCCAAGAAGGAGGCGCCCAAGGAGGCCUCCGACGACGAGGAGUAAUCGUGUUCGGGGUUUCCUUUGUGACCGUCAUCGGCUUGCUUGCUUCAGCCAUGUGUAUCGGAUCCCUGCGUAUCCUCCCUUGCUCUUCCUUUGCCCUUUUCAUCGAUAUAGACAAACCAUGCUACGGUCAAGUAACGACAAUGUAACGUCCACUUUGCUCUGUGUUCUGCUUUAUGUAUCGUGCUCUCUCGCCUGCUACAAAUACAAGUUCAUGAAAUCCUUCCAUCCUUGUGCCAUCCCAAGAUCUGACGACCGUCCUGGGAUUCAGCCCGCCGGCUAGGCCUCGUCACCCUGCACCACCUUCCUCAAGCCGCGCAUCUUAUCCAAGAUCGUGUCGUCGUCCAAGUAGCAGCCCUUGAGCCAUCGAUUCGUGUCCCCCUCCUUCCCUUCUCCCUCGAUAUCCUCGAA